GUUUCCUCCUGUCUUGGUCUACUGUUCCGCGCCAAACUACCCUUGGAAUAACAGAGGCGUAUUCACUUUCGGCUUAUGACAGUUCCAAAUACACCAUAAUGGUACCUUCAAUAAAGGAGAAGGGCAUCGAGCCCACGGAGAUCUCGGCGCAUGGGUCCGUCGUCGAGAUCAACGAGGCCGUAGCUUACGACCGCAGCGCAACCAAGAAGCUCCUGCGACGGUUGGACUGGCACAUAAUCCCGUUUAUGUCGCUUAUUUAUCUGCUUUGUUUCUUGGAUCGCACCAAUAUUGGGAAUGCUCGGCUUGAUCACCUUGAGCAAGACCUCAAACUUAAAGGCUUGCAAUACAAUGACUGCCUCGCUAUCCUCUUUCCGUUUUACAUCGCCGCCGAAAUCCCCUCCAACAUGAUGAUGAAACGUACCCGCCCCUCCAUUUGGCUGACCUUCAUCAUGGUGGGAUGGUCAGCCUCCAUGAUCGGCCAGGGCUUCGUCAAGAGCUACUCGGGUCUCAUGGCCACCCGCGUCUUCCUCGGCGCCUUUGAGGGCGGUCUGUUCCCCGGUGUCAACUACUACAUCACGCAGUGGUACUGUAGACACGAGUGUGGCUUCCGCAUGGCUCUUUUCUUCUCCGCUGCCACACUUGCGGGGGCCUUCGGCGGGAUCCUGGCCAGGGGCAUUGCCGAGAUGAGCGGUAUUGGCGGCCUAUCUGCUUGGCAAUGGAUCUUCAUUCUUGAAGGUCUGCUCAGCAUAUUGGUCUCCUUCACCGCGUACUGGGCUAUCUACGACUACCCCUCGACGGCCACGUUCCUCAGCGAGAGUGAGCGUGCUGAAGUGGUAAGACGGCUACGAGUCGACGGGGGACACCUCUCUGAGCACUUCAACAUGAAGUAUGUGUGGCAGGCCAUCGGCGACUGGAAGAUCUACAUGCACUGUGGCAUCUUCCUAGCCGGGUUCUGCCCCAUCUACUCUAUCGCACUGUUCUCUCCGACCAUCAUCAAGGGCAUGGGGUACACGGCCAACAACGCGCAGCUGAUGAGCGUCCCGCCGUACGUCUUCGCCUGUAUCUUCACGAUCGCGGCCAGCUACGCGGCGGACCGCGUCAAGCAGCGGGGCAUCUUCCUGCUGUGCUUCCAGCUCACUGGCAUCGCCGGCUUCGCGCUUCUAGCGGGCACAAGCAACACCAAGGCUCAAUACGGAGGACUCGUGUUGGCCGCUGUUGGGGUAUAUCCAACGGUGCCUCUUGCGAUGGCGUGGAACAGCGGCAACAUCGGCGGGUCCCUGAAGCGAGGGACGGGCAUCGCCAUGCAGGUGAUGGGCGGCAACUGCGGUGGCAUCAUAGCAUCAUACGUGUACCUGACGAGGGACGGUCCUCGAUACGUCACCGGUCACAGUAUUUUGAUCGGCAUCAUCAGUCUUGCAUUCUUGCUGACGCUGUUCAUGACGAUUUGGUACCGGCUUGAAAAUGCUCGCCGGGACCGUGUGACGGGCGAUUUAGCAGGACAGGAGUUAACUGAGGAGCAGAAGGCUCUGGAGCAAGAGCUUGCUGACAACGCGCCCUUUUUCCGGUACACGGUGUAGAAAUCUGAUCAGGGCAAGGCGCCGUU